AUGCCCAAGAAAGUACUGCUUGGUUUUGGCAUUGAUGUUGAUGCUGUCGCAGGCUGGAUAGAUACGCAAGAUGGGUCGACCUGUGACUCUGUAAAGAUCUCUAGGGGCGUUUUUGGGGCAGCUGUUGGAAUUGAACGACUCUUGGACCUUCUAGAAAAGCACAGCAUCAAGGCGUCCUGGUUUGUGCCAGCUCAUACCUGCGAAACGUUUCCACGGCAAGUAACAAGAAUCCGUGAUAGUGGACAUGAAAUAGGACUACACGGAUACACGCAUGAAUAUGUCUCCUCUCUGUCUCGGGAUCAAGAGGCCGACGUUCUGCGCAAGUCAUUGGACGUCAUGACCGCAUUCUUGGGCUAUAAACCCAGAGGCUGGACAGCUCCGGGUUUCACUUGCUCGUCCUCGACGGUGCAACUCCUGGAAGAGGCAGGAAUCGAGUACGAUCAUAGUUGUAUGCAUCACGACUGCUUGCUAUACUAUACUCCUUAUUCGGACUACAAGGCUCAAACGACAGACUAUGCUCAGUCAGCAGGAACUUGGAUGCACCCCACGAUGAAUCCCAAGAUAUCUAGCAUUGUCACGGUCCCUGCCAACUGGCAUCUCGACGACUGGCCAGCCUUUUCGCCCGGGGAUGGAGGCAGCGACGGAUUCAUCGACCCUGAUGUUGUUUUGAAAAUGUGGAAGACCCACUUUCUUUAUUACUAUCAGAGACAUGACGAAGUAGUGUUGCCUCUCAGUCUGCAUCCACAGAUCAGUGGAAAGCCGCACGUUUUGAAUAUGAUUGAGCAGUUUAUUGAGUGGGUCAAUGGUUAUGAAGGGAUCGAGUGGUCUACUUUUGGAGGCAUGGUAGAUCGCUUCAAAAUGCACAAUUUUGCUCGCUGGCGCGGUUUGGAGGAGGAUGGUACGCACGUCUGA